CAGAAGUUCGUUCUUCCCCCCUAAAACCAACAGACUCUUCAGGCACUGCCCACUCAUUCUCUUCAAGAACCCAAAUCAUUCUUUCCAGAGAAGAAGAAACGAGAACUGAAAGGAUUAACGCUGCUUGAUCCGUCCCUUUCUCUUCGAAAAGAAGAUCUCCCCCACAUCAACUCAGGCCGACACCGGUGGAGACGGCACAGUUCAGAAACGUCUCAAUAUCGGAUUAAAAGCUGGGAGGGUAGAUAUGGAUCAGUCCAGAAGUCGACGUCGUAAAAGCAAUACUCCUCGGCAGGUUUGAGAAAUUCAAUUCCAAGGGAACCACCAGUGGAGACGACGCAGUUCAGAACCGUCUCAAGAUUGGAUUAAAAGCUGGGAGGGUAGAUAUGGAUCAGUCUAGAAGUCGACGUCGUAGAAGCAAGACUCCUCGACAGGUUCAGAUUGAUGAUUCUCCAGUGUAUACGAUAGAAAGAAAACUGGGAAAGGGAGCUUUCCAGCAAGUUUAUGUCAGUCGAGCCAUCAAUCCUUCGACUUCAAGUGAUCAAAACGGCAUGGAAGCAACAGAGGUGGCCAUAAAAUUCGAGCAUAAAGACAACAUAGGAUGUGAAGGUGGCAUCCCUAAUGAGUGGAAAGUUUAUGAUGAUCUGGGUGAAAGUCAUGGCAUACCACUGCCACAAGUACAUUACAAGGGGCAACAGGGUGACUAUUACGUCAUGGUCAUGGAUUUGCAUGGACCUAGUUUACAAGACCUUUUGGUCAACAACUUUCGAAACCUGCCAUUGGAAGCAAUUGCAUGUAUUGCCGUUGAAGCAAUUUCUGUACUUGAGAAGCUGCACUCUAGAGGGUACAUCCAUGGUGACAUAAAACCAGAUAACUUUUUGCUUGGUCCUCCUGGAACUCCUGAAGAGAAAAAAUUGUUUCUAACUGACCUUGGAUUAGCUACAAGAUGGCAAGAUCCCUCCACUAGUUCGCACAUUAAGUACAACCAAACUCCAGAUGAUUUCAGAGGAACAAUUCCAUUUGCAAGUGUGCACACUCAACUUGGUAGAGCAAGUAGCAGAAGAAACGACCUAGAGUCUCUGGCUUACAUGCUCGUUUAUCUUAUCCGCGGUCAUUUGCCUUGGCAAAGACAUAAGGGAGGAGGUAAAGCUUUCCCUGUUUGCAAGCAAAAGAUGGCCACUCCUCCAUACACCCUGUGUGAAACUUGUCCUAAGCCUUACCAGCAGUUUGCCACGUUUGUGCUAAAUCUAAAAUUCGAUGAAGAACCCAAUUACGCUAGAUACAUUUCUCUCUUCGAUGGGAUCAUCCAUGAAAAUCCACACGUUUGGCCCGUGCACACCAAUGUUGCUCAGGAGGUACCACAUAAGCGAGCGCGGUUAAAUGACGAUGAGCCAUCAAAGAAAAUACGAAUGGGAUCGAAACUAACACAAUGGAUAAUCGUUUACGAUAUGCAUACACCCAUGAAGCAAAGAUCCUUCUAUAAUUUGCAUUAUGGCGACCUCCGCUUACACAUUGAGAAGGGACAUGCGGAGGGAAUGUACAUCACCAGUGUGGCUUACUGUUCUCACUCUAAGACAUGGACCAUAAUAAUGGAUGACAGCGCCGGCUACACUGCUCAGAUUUAUGCUUUUGCAUUCGACUCUCUUCCCAAGGACUGGAUUACGACACAAUGGUCAAAGAACUACAACAUCACUGCAGUGGCUGGAGCAGAUGACGGCAGAUUUUUGGUUAUAAUGUCCAUGGGGACCCAGAGUGUUCAGCAGGCAUAUCGUGUUACCAGUACAUUCCCUUUCAAGUGGAUUAAGGAGAAGUGGGCAGAAGGCCUUCAUGUCACUGCCAUGGCCACUUCCAGGAGGCGGUGGGCAGUAGUUGUGUCCGAUGGAACUGGAUUUACUGACCAGGCUGUAGAGCUAGACUUACAGUAUCCGGCCGAAGGCAUUCAUGAAAGGUCAAAGCAGGGCUAUUAUAUCACUUCAGUUGAGGCCACUCCGGAUGAGGUUGCUGUUAUAUUUAGUAUUCCAGAAGGAGUACCAGCAACCGCAAGUGUAGAGCAAGAGACGCUUCUGGCUUACGGUUUUCCUGUUGAUAGUAGGAUCAAGGAGAAGCAGGCAAGAAAUUACUAUAUUUCUUCUCUUUGCUACGGUCGAACCAUUGCCUAAGCUCCCAAAUAUAUGUGCAAUCAAGGAUUUCUCAUCGAGCGGCACAACCACUCUGCAUGCAUUUUUUGCCUUCUAUGGCCGAUUUCUUAAUAAGCAAGUUCAACAAGUCACUGAUCAAAUCCUGUACAGAGUUGAAUAGUAGUCACUUCUUCUAAUGCCGUAAGGAAUUAAUUGUAACCUCUUUGUCAUACUUUUGUGGAGGAAGCUUUUAGUAUUGCUCCUGAAACUUUUCAA